AUGGCUUUCUCUUGCGUCACAAGAAACGUUUGUUCGAUCCUUCCUCUUGUCGUUAUCCUCUCAAUCGCCCCAUUGUCAACAUCUUUUGCUCCGAGUGACAAAGUCACAAAGGAAUUGGUUGACCAACUCUGCUCAAAUUCAACAAUCCACAAGAAUUUCUGCGUCCCUUGGUUAACCUUUGAUCCAGCAACCUUCACACUAGACCUGACUGGUCUUGUAGAUCUGGUCCUCCUGAAGACGCAACUGUUUGCCUACAAGAACCUAGCCAUGAUGAAAGGCUUUGGAAGCACCACGACUGAUCCGGUGCUCAAGGCCCCGUACGGAACUUGUGUGACGGGUUAUGAAUUAGCCAUUAAGACGAUCGAGGAAGCUCAAGCGCUCGCGAUCUCUAACUCGUACCAGUCAGCAUCUCAGUCAGCUUUUAGAUCCCUUAUUAGUAUUGGUUCGUGCGUAGGUCAGCUUGAAGGACGGAGCAAUGUGCCGGCUUAUGUUCAGCAACGCAAUUUGUUGUAUGUAAGAAUGUGUACCAUUGAUAGUGUUUUCUCCAACGUUUUGGCGUCUUGA